AUGACAAACCUCAAAAGCUUUGUGAUAGUGGUGUUAUGUAUCUUGAGUCAUAUGGGUCUAUCUAUGAAACACAGCUUACAAAAGCCAAGAUUCAAUAUUAGGGAAGGUACAUUAGAUACUGAGUUGUCACCCCAUACAUGCAUCAAAGAUUUACCAACACAAGAAUCAAGCAUCAAACGUCAGAAGAAUAUAGAAAAUCAAGACAAACAAAAAUUGGAUUUGAGCUUUGCACGUCAAUCACUCCAAAAGGAGCUUCCAAAACGACCUCCUAGAUCAGAUGAUGGAAAAACAAUGCUAGGAAAAUAUUCAUCCUUUAGUCCAAUUAUUGAAAGACAUGUACCUGGUGGAUCAAUCAAAAGUAAAGCACAGUUUUCCAAAGCUGAAUUAGGAAAAACAAGACCAAGCUCAAAAGGCUCCCUGGUUGAAAAGGUGACAGGAUCUCCAGGUUCAACCCCUUGUAUACAAAAGAUGACAAAUGGAAAUAGUGUCCCAAAGCGCAGUCUGGUUGAUCAGAUCAGAAUUCAGGAGGAUUCAAGGAUAUUUUCUAAUAAAUGUCAGAAGAUCAUAGAAAACAACAAGGAGGGUAAAGAGUAUCUGGUCUUGGGAGGCAUGUCAAGGCAAAGUCCACAAGAUUAUGAGAUUUCUGAGUUGUCAACCUCUAAAUGUUCCACCUCUCACAGACAAAUAAUGAGGAAUGAACAAUGUGUUCCAGAUCACAGUCCUUCUGUGCAAGCUAGGAUCACAUACAAUCAAGUUACAGCUCCUAAUAAAUAUCAGAAAUUUGUAGAAAACUCAGAACAACAUAGGCGUAAUUUAUCAUGGGAUUCACAAUCAUUCAAUAAGUACCUGAACAAACAUUCCAAUCAAUUAGGUCAAGAAGAACAGACAAAUAGAAGAUAUAAAUCUAUUGGACAAAAGAUGGAAACUCCUGUACCUUUUGGCACAAUGAAGAAUCAAGGGAAACUCAGAAAAACUGAAUAUGCAUUGGCAGAGACCAGCUCACAAGGUCACCAUAAAUUGGAGUUGUCAAGAUACAAAGGACCAAGCUCUCAUGAGCAAAAAAUGAGCGUUGAUCAACAUGAACCAAAGCAAAGGCCUCUCAAACGUGCAAGGACUGACCAGAAUCCACAAAUAGGUGCUAAGCAAUACAAUCAAGACUUUCCACCUGACUGCCUCCAAGUGUCCUCCAAGCACUUAAAAAACCAAGUGUCUCAUGACAAGGAACUUGGGGAUGGCUAUGUGUCUAAAUCUAAAGAUAAAUCAACCAAAUUUCAAAAGAUUGAGCAUAGCUCUGCACAAAGGAUACCAGGAAUUGAUAUACAAAGAUUUCACUUACAUAAUCCAGACAAAAUGUGUUCAGCUGCAGCUGCCCAUUUCACACAGGAUCUCAUUGAAACCCUGAAGAUUAGAUACCAAGCACAAAGCAAACUAUCAUUGAGUCCAACUUGGGAGGUAGGAAAAGAAAUGUGGACAUCAGAUUCACUGCUUCCAUUUGUAUAUUUUGUGGUAUCUUGCAAUCCAGACUUGAAGAUAUGGGUACGGAUCAAAGAAGUGACAAUGAACACCUUGAAAGUUUAUCACAAGCAAUGUGUUAUUACAAAAUCAUGUUUUGAUCAAGAAAAACUAGCCCAAUUCCUUUUGUGGCAUACCAAUGUGAUUUACCAAAUUGCACAGUUGGGUCCAAAGAUUAAAUCAUCACCAGAAGAUAAAAGGAAAAUCAGUUUACAUCUUACUUCUUCAGGACUAUCAACAUUGGCCAGGAUUGUUUAUCUAAUUUAUGCUGAUAAGACCUUUGCAAGUUUCAUGCGUAAUUCACACACUAGGUUGGUAAUGUUGAAGCGACAUGUUUCACAAACCUUUGAGGAUGACUAUCAAAAAGGAUAUCCAGAAAUCAGCACCAAGAAUAAAGUACAUGGUUCAGUUUGGAAAAAUUGGAUAAUCAAAUCUCUUGAGAUCAGAAACAAAGCUGAAAAUAUUCAAUGGCCAAAAGUUCCCAAAUCCCAAAUCAGUGAUACAGAGCCAAUCCUGUUCUUGAAAGCAGACCUUAACAAUGAUAUAAGAAUGAAGAUGAAUAAUGAGGUGUCUGAAUUCAUUUCCCAGUGGGAAAUGGACUUCAAGAACACAAUGAAAAUCAUAAAGACUUCACAAUCAGGAAACUCAGGGUUUCCAUCUGUGUCAAUCAAGGACUUCUGUCGUGGAAUCCAAAUGUUCCUGAAACAAGCACACAAUACUAGAACAUCUAAACUUCAAGUCACACUGUUCUCUGAAUUCCUUCAUCAAGAUUCACAAGAAUCAUUCUAUGUAGAGUUUUGGAACCAUUUCAGAGUUAUGGAAAAUAAGAAAUUGGAAGAUGCACUAUACCAGAGAAAUAAGCGUAUGGGGAUUGGAAGAUGA